AUGUCUAGUUCAUCAGACGAAAACGAUGGACCCCCCAAAAAUAAAUACAUAAAUAAAGCCAAAGUGUUUCAAAAUGCAUGGCUAGAUAAUCCUCUCUAUAAAAAUUGGUUGACCUCAAUGAAAGGAAAUUUAGAAAAGUGCAGAUGUUCUGUCUGUAACACCACUCUUGCAUGCGGAAAAUCCGAGCUAGAUAAGCAUGCAAAAGGGCAGAAACACAUUAAAAAAAUGGCUGCUGUAAGAAGUACACCCAGUGUUUCCACAUUUGUCAGAGCCCCAGAUCAACACAAUAAUCAAGUAAAAUCCCUAGAAAUAGGAAUAUCUGCAUUUUUUGCAGAGCAUAAUAUCGCAUUUCAGAACGUUGACCACCUAAUAGAUGUCCUAAAGAAUAAAAUACCAGAUUCAAAAAUCGUGAAAGAUGUAGCACUUCAUCGAACCAAAGUAGAGACUGAAGAAAUAACUCAAUUUUUGAAAAAUCAAAGAUUUUCAAUUCUUUUAGACGAGUCUACUGAUAUUAGUGAAAAAAAGCUGUUAUGCCUUUUAGUACGAUACAUUAAUAAAGAAUUUAAGAUUUGUACAACAUUACUGGAAUUGAUUGAAUUGGAUGCUAAAGACUGUUCCGCAGCAGUCUUGUUUACAGCAAUUAAUAACUGCUUUGACACUAAAGGCAUACCAUUUCAAAAUAUUGUCGGAGUAGCAUCAGAUGGAGCGGCAGUGGAAAAACCAAUUCAUUUUUUUCGAGAGUUAAAGAAGAAAUUCCUCAUGCGCUGCUAA